GCGCGCGGCGCACGCACACGCACGAGAACGACCGCGAUGCGCGCGUCCCGAGGCGGCGCUUUCGUCGCGCUCGCGCUCGCGCUCCUCGCGAUCGCGACGCCGACGCACGCGCUGAUCACGAACGAGGGCGUCGAGAAAGAUGGGCGACCGAAGAUCCCCAUAGCGCUGGACUUCGGGUUCGAUCCCCAAGGCGGCAUCGACAUCAAGAUCAAAAACCCCGUGCACAUCUACACGACCGAAGGCGCGGAGCCCGUGGAUCGCACGCAGAUGGGCUUCCUCAUCUCGUUCGCGAAAGCGGACGCGGAGCUCGAGGACGAGCUCGCCAAGGGGACGUGCAUCCUGGACUCGCAGUACGUCAAGAAGCUCUUCACGAUGCAAGACAUCGCGGAUCAGACCACGGAGGAAGGGCAGGACUUCGUGUACUCGAACACGAUCGCGAAGGACAUGGCCGGGCAGUACUCGCUGUAUUUCGUCAACUGCGUCGAGCACUCCGCGGUGUCGUUCGACAUCACGGUCGAGCUGUACAACCACAUGGAGGGCGGGAAGAAGGAUUAUCUCAGCGCGGGGGAGAAGCCGCUGCCGACGUUGUACUUUCUGUGCUUUUGCGCGUUCGUCGCGAUGGGGUGCGCGUGGGCGUGGAACUUGCACACGUCGCGGAACACGCAGCCCGGCAGCGUGCAGAAGAUCCAUCUCCUCAUGCUGCUCCUCGUCAUGAUGAAAGCGCUCACGGUCUUGUGCCAGGCGUUGAUGUUCCACUCGCGUCGCGUCAAGGGCGACGCCGACGGGUGGAACAUCGCGUAUUACUUCUUCACGUCGGUGCGCGGGCUGAUGUUGUUCACCGUCGUCGUCCUCAUCGGCACCGGGUGGAGCUUCUUGAAGCCGUUCCUGAACGAGCGCGAGAAGAACGUUCUCAUGAUCGUCAUCCCGAUGCAAGUCUUCGCGAACAUCGCCACCAUCGUCCUCGACGACAACGGCGUGGCGCUCGCCGGGUGGCUGGAAUGGCGCGACCUGUUCCACCUCCUCGACAUCGCGUGCUGCUGCGCGAUCCUGUUCCCGAUCGUGUGGAGCAUCAAGCACCUGCGCGAGGCUGCGCUCACGGACGGUAAGAAGGUUCGGAACAUGAACAAGCUCAUCUUAUUCCGGCAGUUUUACGUCAUGGUCGUCGCGUACAUUUACUUCACGCGCAUCAUCGUCUACCUUUUGAAGCAGACGAUGGCGUACAACAUGACGUGGCUCGCGGACCUCGCGUCCGAGGCGGCGACGAUGUGCUUCUACUGCGUGACCGGGUACAUGUUCCGGCCGAUACCGGAUAACCCGUACCUGCACUUGAACGAGGACGAGCUGGACGAGGAGAGCAUCGAGAUGUACGUCGAGGAGGGUCGGAGCGUGUGAACACAACUAUCUCCUUAGCCCUAAGAAAAUCUUUGUCUUACCAAUUGAACCCGAAUACAAUC